GUACCCGGCCUACUGUAAAGACAGCCAACCGCCAUCGAAAAAAAAAGAAAAAAAAAAAAAAACUUGGGAGUUUGUAAUAAGGGCGAGGCUUAUUUUGUUCGGUUCCUGCCCGUGAGUCGGCUCUCUGAUUCCCCGUAGCGAUCAGUCGGAGCGCUACAAUUGUCAGUUUCGUUACUGUUCCGCUUUUUUCUUUUUUUUUUCUCCUUUUCUUUUCUUUUUUUUUUAUUGUUGUAAGGUUUUCUUUACAGGGCUCCAUGUUGAAGUUGAGUUGUUGUUGAGUCUCGGCGCGGACGCACUGUUUUUUUUUUUUUAGUCCAUACUACACUCACACUGCACAUUACAGAAGACGCACACACAUAUGCAUGCAUACACACACUCACACACACACACUCACUCACACACACGCGCGCGUAGCUCUCGCCUGGUUUGCACUAGCGCGGGUCAUUUCAGGUUAAACCCUGGCGCUGUGUCCCGUUCAGUUUAGCCGACGGAGAUCGACACUGGUUCCAGUUGAGGAGAAGGAAUGCACAAGCAAAAGGACUCCAAAUAAUAUUUGGAUACGAGCUUCGUCUUGCAUAUGCGUCUGUAGUACAUGAGUGCGUGUGUGUGUGUUCCCAUGGAUGUCUGUUCAUGUUAAAAUCAAUUGAAGAGCAAAGAAAGAAGAAUCCUGCAAAACACUGAAUUCAGAGUGUUUCUUUCGGGGAGCUCAGCAGCUCCUCAGCGCAGCCUGGAGUCAGACUUCACCACUUCCUCUGCUAGGUAGGUACCCAGAUGUCUGAGGAGGCUCUGAGGAUGACGUCUUGGCCUUGAACCCCACCAGUAUGUCAGAGCCAGCAGAAAAAUGCUCCCCCCGCUGGAAAGAUGAGGCCAUUCAAAAUGGGUACAUUCCAAGUUACCUGGACAAGGAUGAGCUAUGUGUAGUGUGCGGGGACAAAGCCACAGGCUAUCACUAUCGUUGCAUUACCUGCGAAGGUUGCAAGGGUUUCUUCAGGCGGACAAUCCAGAAGAAUCUCAACCCAACCUACGCUUGUAAGUACGAGGGGAAAUGCGUCAUCGACAAAGUGACCAGAAAUCAGUGCCAGGAAUGCCGCUUCAAGAAGUGCAUUGCGGUGGGAAUGGCAACCGACUUGGUGUUGGACAACAGCAAGAGGCUGGCCAAGCGUAAACUAAUCGAGGAGAACCGGGAGCGCCGUCGGAGGGAGGAACUCCAAAAGACAGUGUGGGACCGACUGGAGCCCACCCAGGAGGAGUGGGACCUCAUCCGUAUGGUGACUGAGGCCCAUAUGGCCACGAACGCCCAGGGCAACCACUGGAAGCAGAAGCGGAAAUUCCUGGUCGAGGAAGCUAUGCUUCUUAAUGAAAUAACAUGUAAUUUAUUCUAUACUUCUGACCAGAGUGCAGCGGGGGUGAAGGAAGCUAAGCCUGAGGAUAUUGGUCAAGCGUCCAUGGUCAAUGCACCUGAAGGAAACAAAGUGGAUAUAGAAGCCUUCAGUCAGUUUACAAAAAUUAUCACCCCUGCCAUAACCCGAGUGGUGGACUUUGCCAAAAAACUGCCUAUGUUUUGUGAGCUGCCUUGUGAAGACCAGAUCAUCCUGUUGAAAGGUUGCUGCAUGGAGAUCAUGUCACUGCGAGCUGCUGUCCGCUAUGAUCCAGAGAGUCAGACCCUCACGCUGAACGGCGAGAUGGCAGUCACACGAGGUCAGCUUAAGAACGGAGGCUUGGGCGUAGUCUCGGACGCCAUCUUCGACCUCGGCGUUUCGCUGUCCUCCUUUAACCUGGAUGACUCUGAGGUGGCUCUUCUGCAGGCUGUCAUCCUGCUUUCAUCCGAUCGGUCGGGCCUGAGUAGCGUGGAGCAAAUCGAGCGCUGCCAAGAGGAGUUCCUGCUGGCCUUUGAACAUUACAUCAACUACCGCAAACACAAAUUGGCGCAUUUCUGGCCCAAGCUGCUAAUGAAGGUGACGGACCUGCGGAUGAUCGGCGCCUGCCACGCCAGCCGAUUCCUUCACAUGAAAGUAGAGUGUCCCACCGAGCUAUUCCCUCCUCUCUUCCUGGAGGUCUUCGAGGACUGACCAAUGGAUUUUAAUGUAUGUGUGUGUGCGCGUGCAUGUAUGUGUGUAUGUGUGUGUAUGUAUGUUUAUGUGCGCAUACGUCAGCGCUUGGAAACCCUGGUGGUCUCAGGGGUGGAACCAGCAGAAGGCCCGUCACAAUGAACUUUUUAUUAGCACUACUGAGUGUCACUUCAUUCCAUAGUUUAGGAGUAGCUCUCUGGUCUAGUUUUGGAUGGAACCAUUCCUUACAGUGCGGGUACAUGUGAAUAGCAUUUUGUUCUUUUUUUUUUUUUUUUUUUUUUUGUUUCGUUCGUUGUUUUAUUGUUGUGGAUAUAACCUCUCACCUCGGAUUUUACUAUAGAUUUUUUUUUUUUUCUUGUGUGUUGAUGAUUGUACAGUUGGCAUAUUGGUGAUUUUAUCAACACUUGUUCAUUCAUUAGAAAACCAUGCAAAUGUUGUAUUUUCCUUCCUUUUAUGUUAUGAAAAACUCAAAAUGGCUGCUCACCUGAUACACGAAACAAGACGUUAGUGAUCCGUUAGCCCCCCCACCCCACCUGUUCGACUUUAUUGAAUCCACUUGUUGGUUGAUACGUAGAUUAUUUAGUCAGUCAUUCAAUCUGGUGAGUGUUCAGUGCCUCACCAUCAUACUGUGACCUGACCCAUUAACAGCAACACACACUCUAAUGGACAACAGCUCACAGGCCUUUUGUAAGUGUCCGGGGAGCCAAACAUUGCGUCGUUUUGAGAAACCUGGGCAGAUUUUGCGACACCAACUCUUCUGAAAAGCCUUUUUUUUUGUUUUUUUGACAUCACAUCUACACGGCAGCGAACACUGUUAACACUACACGACUUUAAACUUGUUUGUAAUCCUCAGCACUCACAGGAUAAUUUUGUCAGAGCGUAAUUCUGCCCGAUACGGACUUCCACACUGACAGUCGCUAAUGUUCUGGACUAGGAAAAGAUUGCUAAAUAUCAUGGACUUAUAUGUUGCACUAUGACAGCAUAUUAGGGACAUUGUAGGAGAAACAAACACACUUCAACAUCAUAAAAUGCAAAGGGGGGAAAUAUUUUCCAUGCAUUUCCUUCCUCUAAUCCGGGGUUGGGUCGCGGUGGCAGGAGGUUUAGCAGGCGUUCCGGACGUCCCUCUACUCAGCAACACAUUACAGCUCUUCCUAGGGGAUCCCGAGGCCUUCCCAGACAGGAUGAACUAUAUAUGAAUACAUCCAAGUAAAUGUAAGCAGUGUUUAUCUGACACCUAAAAUAUGCAAGACCAAUCAGUACACACGAAAUAUGUAUUUCUUCAGGCAUAAAUCAGGUAAUUUCAUCACAACUUCUUUUUCAAAGGAUAUCAGGUUCUGAAAUGAUCAGUUCCACAUAAACAAUUUACAUGUGGACCAAGACACUAUAAAUUCAACUAGACUGACCGAGAUGUGUCACAUAAAAAUAAAUAAAAAAAAUAAAAUAAGCAUAUGAAAAAUCAGGCAAAGCAAUUUUUUGUUUUCAGAGGACUACUUUGUGGAUAUUAACUACGCUGAAUUGAGGAGUGGGUGUGUCUAGGAAGUGUUAAUGUUUGACAGUCAAAGAGAUAAAGGCUGCACGGCUAUGAUACACAUAUGUGUAUUACUUUUCACCAAAGCAUUUUUGGUUGCUCGUCGCUCGAACCAGCCUUUAAACAACAAAUAACGAUAAGUCAAAUAGUUGAGCAGAAAAAUGUUUUCUACUUUUCAUGUGUGAUAGUCAAUUGAAAAUCUUUGAAUUGUGGAGGACAAAUUUAGCAGUUAUUAUUAACCGAUUAAUCAAGAAAAUAAUCAGAAACCAAUAAAACUAAUUGCAUUUAGCUUCUUCAGUGACCCUAAUACGCCGACAUGUCGUAGGUGCAUUUAGAAAAAAACACAAACUUACUUGUGUCCACGUUUAUUGCCUUUUUUUAAAAAAAAUUUAAACUGAACCAUGUAAACACACAAAGGUUGUUGCGCCGACCGACCACGCUGGUGUCUCAGACUUUUAACAUUGGAAGGAAACGCAGCAGUAGCAUUUAAAAAAGAAAAAAAAAAGAGCUCGUCCAUCAUUGCCACACAGACUGGUCAGGACUAACUAAAGCACAUAAUGACACUGAUGUCAGGAAAAGACAAUCAUAAUAGUACUUGUUUUUGUGUAACGAUGCCACAUGCUGUGCCAAAACCAAGUGAAUGAUGCCCUCCUCCUAUUGAAUCCCUGCUGGGCUUUCAUAGCGAUACCAAGACUUGACUGGUUGUGCUAAGUUAGUGCAUGCCUGCUCGCGCGCAGUCAUCCCUCCAACUCGUGUGUUAGUCCAGCUUCUACAAUACAACCAUUAUUGAGUUUUAAAUGUUUCAUCUCAGACAUGUUGCCGCACUAGUCCCAAAUACAAUUAUUUCAAGCAUUUUGUUUUUAUUUUGUUUUUUUAUUUUUAUUACAACUCCCUGAAAACGGGAGGCUGUAUGUUUAAAACAGUGACGUCAUGGUGCUACGGUGGGUUGAUGAAAUGGCAGAUUGAACUGUAUUGUUAUGUACAUGCAGAAAUGAACGUUAUGUUUGUAUAACAGCCCACCACCCUCUUAAUGAUGGCAUGCAUAUACACUAACACACAAACAUGCACAUAUACAGUACAUACAGUAUACCUGUAUACCUGUACACAUACUGUACACAUGCACAUAUACACAUAUAUGCAUGUGCCUGGAUAAGAUAUGGGUCAGACCCCACCACUGUGACCAACCGGUGGGAUUUGGAGGCCAAGUGAACACUGGCAGGCCCGAAAAACAGUAUGAUUCAUCAUCAGCGAGGUACACUGAGAAAGCUGGUGAGAUUGUGAAAACGUAGAGCUUUUUCCUUUCUUUUAUUUUAGCCGGUAUGUUCAUUUUUUUUUUUGUUUUUGUUUUUUUUGUUGUUGUUCUUAAAGAAAAAAAAAACCUCUCUAUGGUAUUGUCGUUUGCAAUGUGACAAACAUUUGCUUUGUAUAUCUCGCUUUUUUCAAGCUUCACACUACUCCUCAAAGCAGCUUGUGUUUUUUUUUUUUUUUUCCUCUUUUCUGUGAAGUGAUGCCUCUUUUAUCAAAGCAAUAGACUUGCUGCAGUGUUUGAAUGACCCGGACCUCACACACACACACCUCACAAACUGUACAGACUCAAAAAUAAAUGCACAGACAAUCAGAGGGAGAGAAUAGGCGAUGGGAUAAAAAUAAAUAAAUAGGCACCCAGGCUCAGCCGGCCCGGCUGACAAUUCAGGUCAGGCCGUGCUGAGCCAGAGCCAUAUGAAAAAGUAACAUUGGCCAUGUUUACAUGCACAAGGUUUGUCCGUAGUCCUCUUGAGGUUAUCAUCAUUUUAAGUUUUAAGUUAACUUCUUUUGCAGGAGCCUUUUGAUAACCUGUGACUGAGCCUGCCUGGUGCCAUUAAUAAACCAGUUAACAGAGUAGUCGUGGUGAUCGAAAACAGUAGGAAUCAAAAUGUUGUCCCAUUAGCUAGUACUCACUUCUGCUUGAUGGUUAAAUUGACCCGAAAUAAUGUGUGAAUGUCAGCUUCCACAGGCAGCAACAAGAUGAACAAAGGUGAAAGAGAUGUGAAAUAAAUUUGGUCGGUUAUCACAACAAAGGGGCUGGUUGUACAAAUGGACUUGCCCAGAGUUAACUCGCUCUUAAAUUCUGCUUUUAGACUUGUCUGAUAGUCCCAGGAACUAAACUCAGGAACUAAAUGAGGACCUUUGGUGCAUUUGUGUUUGUGUUUCCAUUGCAUCUGAAGAACCGUGAAGAUCAGACCAGCAGAUUACAGCAAAUUAGACCUGAAAAGCAUAUUAAAAAGUACAAUGAGAUGACAACACCAUCCAUCUGGUUGUCGUUUGUAAUUUACUGCUGUGCUGUAUGACUGAUGUUCUAUGUUAGUAGUACUGGACCACAUUGAACGCUCGCUCCCUCUCUUACCUCUUUUUUAAAUUU